AUGGCGAUACCAGAGCACACGCCUGCUCCUAGACCUGAGCGCGGCAUCUAUGGAUUCGUUCUGUUUCUCGUUUCCUGUUUCGGCCUGGUCUUUUACGUCGUUUGGGCUGUCUGCCCGUCCGGUUACCUGACCGAAUUUGGUUUAGGACACCUGCCUGACAGGUACUGGGCCAUUGCUGUUCCUGUCUACGUUACUGUCACCGUCUUCCUUUUCGUGUUGUUCAUGUGUGGCCUGAACCUUGUGGUCGCUGACGCAUGUGAAUCAUAUUUCGUCUUGUCCGAGGACGAAUUCACGUCAUCUGACAGCAAGUUUGACUUAUCGCUGCUCGAAUCGACUUGA